CGUAUUAAAAAAAACUUGAAUAUAAUGGCACAUACCCCUAUUGAGGAUGAUUCCGCUGGCAACAGCCCUAUUACUACGCCCGAGGAGGAAGUGAUUAUGGACGAGACCGAAGAACAGGGUUCCGACGAAGAAAUGGACGAAGACGAAAAUGAGGAAGAUUUGGUCGUGAGUGCCGACAAGGUCGAAAUUAUUGCCGGUGCCCAUAGCGAUCAGACAGCCAUGACAUUUGCCUUCAAGGAAGAAGAUCAUACCCUCGGUAACUCUCUUCGACACAUGAUCAACAAGAAUCCCGAGGUUGAUUUAUGCGGUUACUCUAUUCCUCAUCCCUCUGAAGCGAAAAUGCAUUUGCGUAUUCAGACCACAGAAAACACCACGGCGAUAGAUGCGUUAAAAAAGGGUAUGGACGAUUUAUAUGAUCUCUGUGCGCAUAUUCGACAGACAUACGAACAGGAACUCGCCAAGGGAGAUUUCGAAAGAGUCGAUGCAUCCGGCGAUUCAAAGAUGGUGUAAUUUGUAGAGCACUUGUAUAUUUAAACAUCACAUAACUCAUUAAACCUCUUUAUCAUAUGCAAUACCGAGUGGACAAGUAAGUGUAUGU